GGAGGAAGUAUAAUUAGAAAAAUACUCACAAGGAGUUUGGAGAAAUAAAAUCUGAAGGAGGGGCACAAACGUCUAACGGCCCAAGAUAAAUUGCAAAAGACAUCGCUCAUUCCCUCAAUUGUAGUCUGUAGAGAAGCGAGGGAAAGAGUGAGAGAAACUGAAACUAAACCCAUCGCAAACUCAAUAAACAAUUCAAAUUCAGGAAAGCUAAGAGGAGAAAAAUGUCGACGAUCAGGAUUCCGGAAGUGGUUCCAUCUCCAGCUCAAGACUGUGAAACACUCCACAAAUCUUGCGAAGGGUGGGGAACGGAUGAAGCGGCGUUAAUACGGAUUCUGGGAUGCAGAAAUGCAGCGCAGAGAAAACUCAUCCGAGACGCAUAUCAGCAGAUUUACUAUACUUCCCUCAUCGAUUGUCUCAGCGAAGAGCUGUCUGGUGAUUUCAGGAAAGCAAUGAUUUUGUGGACAUACGAUCCCCCGGAGAGAGACGCGAGGCUUGCAAACGAAGCGUUGAAGUCGAGAAGGAAAAACUUAACACAGCUACAAGUUAUUGUAGAGAUAGCAUGUGCUACAUCGCCUCAUCAUCUGGUUGCUGUUAGACAAGCGUAUGCUUCUCUCUUCGACACUUCGCUUGAAGAAGACAUCAUAUCCAAUGUCUCUCUUCCCCUUCAAAAGAUCUUGGUCAGUUUGGUGAGAUCCUACAGAUACGAUAAAGAAGUGGUGGAUUCUUCCAUAGCCAAGACGGAGGCAGCUAAACUACGCGAGGCCGUUCAAGCGAAGAAACUAGACGAUGACGAGCUCUUGAGGAUACUUUCCACAAGGAACACAUUUCAGCUCAGAAAGACUUUCCAGCUUUACAAGGAUAACUAUGGGACAUCUAUUGACAAGGAUGUUAUAGCUCGUGGAAAGGGCAUUGUGGAGUCAGUCAUGCAAGUGGUCAUUUGGUGCUUAGACACCCCUGAGAAACACUUUGCUGAGGUUGUAAAAGCUUCAAUCGAAGGACUUGGGACGGACGAGGAUUCACUGACUAGAGCCAUCGUGGGUCGAGCUGAGAUCGAUAUGAUAAAGGUGAGAGAGGCGUAUUUCAACGCCAAUAGAUCUAGUCUAGACAGUGCUGUCAUCGGAGACACGUCGGGGUACUACAAGGACUUCCUCAUGACUUUGCUUGGAUCAAAGAUCUGAAUCUUGUUUUUCAUCUUGGCGAGGUAAUGAAUUUUGAUUGAUUGGUGUGUGAUUUGAACUAUAUUACUUUUUCUCUGCAUAUAAUUUGUUAGUUCGAAUGUAAAAUGGAUAAAGCAGAAUGUAAUGUACUAAUAAGGCCAGUUGCUUACAUUUGCAACCCCAUUCCCAUUUUCUCACA